AUGGGGACCAAAAAAGCCACCAAGAAGUUCGAAAAGAACCACCUCCGAGACACAAUUGACCGGCGACGAGAGUUCUCGAAGGUUAAACAGCGCCACCAGGUCAGAGAUAAGAAGAAGGCCAAAAGCGCCGCGAAGCUCGAGGAGGAGGCCAAAGAUGGCAAUGUCACAAAAUCUACCUCCGAUGAUUCAUCAGAUACCCCGUUUGCGGAUAUGGCCGUGGACGACUUUUUCGCGGGCGGAUUUGAAAUCGCAGACGCUCCAGCUACCACGAAGCUCUCCAAGAAGGAAAAGAAGAAUGUGACGCCAAAGACAGGCAAGAGGAAGCGAGUGGAGGAGAAGGAAAACACAGAUGCGCAAGAUGGCAGUGACGAUGAGAGUGCUGGAGCCAUUUCGGGCGAAGAAUCAGACGGGAGCGACUCGGACAACUUGGAAGCGCAUAAGGAUCAAUUGGAGGCCCUGAAGGAGAACGACCCUGAAUUCUAUAAGUAUCUGAAAGAAAACGAUGCUGAGCUUCUUGAAUUUGGGGAUCACGGCGACCUUGCGGAGGUCGAUGAGCUUAGCGAGGCUGAAGAAGAGGACGCCGCACCGGCGAAAAAGGCCAAAAAAUCCAAGAAGCGCGACCAAGCUAUGGACUUGAUGCCUGAAAAGACCCUCAAGCUGUCGUUGGUAAAGCAGUGGCAAAAGUCGAUGUCGACACAGCACUCAUUGCGUGCGACGAGGCAGGCAGUAUUGGCAUUUCGCAUCGCCGCUUAUGUCGACGAGGAGGACAACGAAGACCGAAAAUACACCAUAUCCGAUCCUGAUGUAUACCACCAGGUUUUGAUAACUGCGCUCGAAGAAGUUCCCAAAGUUUUAAACCAUCAUCUCCCCAUAAAAGAGACGGCUGGCGGGAAGAUCAGGGUCACCCUCGACUCAAAGAAAUUCAAAACCUUGACGCCUCUCAUAAAAUCUCACACCUCCUCCAUACAUCAGCUGCUCACCACACUCUCCGACGCUGCAGCAUUAAAACUAACAAUAUCUUCUAUCGAACCCAUGCUUCCAUACAUUUUACAGUUCCGAAAAUUACUAAAGGUGCUUAUAAAGACAGUUGUCGGCCACUGGUCCGAGGCCUCGAAUUCGGAGGCUACACGUAUUACUGCCUUUUUGGUACUUCGCAGACUGCUAGUUAUCGGAGACGCUGGAAUCCGCGAAACGGUGCUGAAAGCGAGCUAUGAAGGCGUUGUCAAGGGUAGCCGUAAUACCUCGGUCCACACUCUCCCAGGGAUCAAUCUUAUGAAAAACUCUGCUGCUGAGCUUUGGGGCAUCGAUCAAAAUAUUGCAUACACCACUGGAUUUACAUUCAUUCGGCAACUUGCGAUCCAUUUGAGGGGUAGCAUCACCAACCCAACCAAGAAUUCCUACAAAGCCGUCUACAACUGGCAGUAUAUACACUCACUUGAUUUUUGGUCGAGAACUUUGGCAGCCCACUGUGACCCUCUGGUUGAGGCCAAGGCGGGAAAACAGUGUGCCCUCCGCCCUUUGAUAUACCCCGUUGUUCAAAUCAUACUCGGAGCCAUGCGUCUGAUACCCACCGCGCAAUACUUCCCCCUUCGUUUUCAACUCACCCGCUCUCUCCUCCGUCUAUCGCUUUCCACUGGAACAUACAUUCCUCUAUCCUCCGCCCUUUUAGAGGUCUUGAACUCCGCAGAGAUGAAGAAACCUCCAAAGGCGAGCACGCUGAAGCCUCUGGACUUUUCGACCACCAUCCGGACCCCCAAGGCCUACCUUCGAACUCGAGUAUACCAGGAUGGCGUGGCUGAAGAGGUUUCAGAGCUUGUCUCGGAGUUCUUCACGCUAUGGACUAAAAAUAUCGCUUUCCCUGAACUCGCCCUCCCUAUCAUCGUGAUGCUCAAACGUUGGCUUAAAGAAAUUUCAUCGCGUUCAUCCGGAAAUAAGAACCCGAAGAUUUCGCAGAUCUUCAUGCUUCUAAUACAGAAGAUCGAGGCAAACAGCCGCUGGAUCGAAGAGCGAAGAGCUAAGGUUACGUUUGCCCCAAGGAAUCGUGCAGAGGUAGAAGGGUUCUUGAAGGAGGUUGAAUGGGAUGUAACGCCUCUAGGUGCAUUUGUGAAGACCCAGCGAGUGCAGCGGGCGGAGCGAGCGAAGCUUCUUGACAGCAGUCGAGCACAAGAGAGGGAAAAUAAGCGAAAGAACAAUGACGACGACGACGACGACGAUGAAGAUGCAAUGCAAGGUGUGGCUGAUGAUGGCUCAAGUGAUGGAGAGUAA